AUGCUACUGGAAGUGGUGUUGGGGGCCACUUGUUUGUACGUAAAAUCUUUGGUUGUCUACAAAAAAUGCUGUAUAAAUCCAUAUUUUAGAAAACUGUUGGACUUCGUGAUUGAGGAGCAAUUUCCUUCUGUCGAUUCAAAUGAUCCAGACAAAUAUUUGAUUUUCUUCUCACAGGUUGUGAGUGAAACGGCCAACCUCAUCGCACAGUGGAUGUCUGUCGGCUUUGCGCAUGGUGUAUGCAACACUGAUAACUUCAGCCUCCUGUCUGUUACCAUUGACUACGGACCGUUUGGUUUCAUGGAGUCCUACAACCCAGAGUUUGUCCCCAACUCCUCUGACGACGAAGGGAGGUACAGCAUCGGGUCUCAGGCCAACGUCGGUCUGUUUAACCUGGAGAAGCUCUUAGAAAGCCUGACACCGGUGCUGACAUCAAAGCAGACGCAAGGAGCUCAUCAAGUCCUGAAAGAGUACCCGCAUAUUUACCAGAGGAGGUUUCACCAGCUGCUAAAGGCAAAGUUAGGUUUACUCAACGAGGAGGAACUGGAUGAUUACCUCAUUGCGUUAUUACUUAAGCUGAUGGGAGACACGGGUGCCGACUUCACCAUGACCUUCCGACAGCUGAGCGAAGCCUCGUCGGAGCAGCUUCCUAAUGUCAAGGCCGACCUACAGGCUGCUUGGGCCCUACAGGACCUGGCUUCCCAUGAACUGUAUGCAGACUGGGUCAAAAUGUACAGGCAGAGACUGAAGAGGCAGGGACGUGAUUCUGAAGAGGAUCGUCAAACCAGGAUGAAAAGAGUCAACCCCAGAUACGUACUGCGGACCUGGAUGGCAGAGUCUGCAAUACGGAAGGCUGAGAGGAAUGACUACUCUGAGGUGGCACUGUUGCAGCAGACACUGUCACAGCCCUACCUCACACAAGCCGCUGCUGAGUCGGCGGGCUACGCAGCGCGACCCCCGGGGUGGUCAGUGGGAUUAAAGGUCAGCUGUUCCUCCUGAGGGACCCUCAACUGUGAGUUACCAAGAAUCACGGUAACAACAGAGAUUCUUCAUCAUGGAGCAAUGAGGCAUAUUCAGGAGCAGCGUUUACCUCAGGGUGACAGCGUUUACCUCAGGGUGACAGCGUUUACCUCAGGGUGGCCGCGUCUUCUGCAUGUUCAGUUUUUACAAUAAUCUCUGCAUAGCCAUCUCAUUCUGUGACUUGACAUUUAGUUCUGUACGUCACAACUGUUCAAGGAUUACCCUCACUAAGAAAUAAAAAGGGCAGUCAGAGCUUGACAGACUAACAAUAGUUUUGUCACACCGAACUGACAUUCAACAGAGUUUCAUUGUACCUUCCACGGAAUUAACAAGAUCACAUGUUUCCACAUACCUGAGGGACCUGUAUUGUGUA